UCUCACAGCUCUGCAGUGUACAAUGGAGCUGUUGAAGCAAUAGCAACUUUUCUGAGCUCGGUAACAUCUUUUGUAGUACAAUAUAUGAAAAUUAACUGGGACCUUUUUGGAGAACUGGCUUUAGGGAUCUUCUCCGCAAUAGAUGCUGGUUCUCUAUUUCUCAUGCACUUCACUACCAACAUCUGGGCAUGUUAUGCCAGCUAUCUCAUUUUCAAAGCAUGCUAUAUGCUCCUUAUAACAAUAGCAACGUUCCAGAUUGCAGUCAAUCUGAGCAUGGAGCGCUACGCCUUGAUGUUUGGAUUCAACAACUUUGUUGCACUGGUGAUUCAGACCAUUCUUACAGUAGUCGUCGUGGAUUCAAAAGGCCUGGGACUGGACAUAGUGACUCAGUUUUUAAUUUAUGGCAGCUACUUUGCAGUCAUAGCUGGGAUUUUCUUGAUCAGAAGCAUUUGCAUGCUUGUCUCAAGCAAAUGCAAAAGGAAAAUAGCAAGAUCUUGCAAAGAGCAUCUGAACCGUGCCGAACACGAAUCGAAAGAGCAGAUUGUAACUGGCUAUACGACAUGGCUGUAG